AUGUCGAACGAGAAUCGAGAUACACCACCGCACACGGAGAGUACGGCACGACGAGUCAAGCUCGACAUGCCGUCACUGAAGGCAGAUUUCAAGUCAAGGGACGUGACGCGCUGGCUGGCAGGUUGCGAAGACGCGAAGGAGUCGGCGGAAUGGAACUAUGGCGGAACGAUUGCCCCAGUGCACCUCAUCCGUGAGGCUGGCAGCAAGAUGGAGGGCGAAGGGGCGGACUGGUACAUCGAUUGUCGUGACAAGCUGAAGGCGCUCAAGUCCUGGGCCGACUUCGCACACGAGGUCAAGGCCCGAUUCGUCAACGAGAAGACCGGGCUGGCCGCCGAACAUGCCUUUUUCAACGCACACCAGAGCGGCCGCUUCAGCGAUUUUGUUGCGACAUUGACACAAGAACGCAGCCAAGCAGGGUCCGUCGACGGUACACCGGCCAUCUCUGACGAACUUUUCAAGUGUCAACUCCUGCACCGAUGCGACGAGCUCCUGUACCUUCGCGCAACCGCCUCCCCAUCGUUUGCGCUCUCCAAGUUCACAGUCAACGGGCUUGUCGCAUACCUUCAGACAAUGUGGGAAGCCAUCACCCUUGAGUGGAUGACAACGGGGGCCCGAGGUAUGAAUUGGCGAAACGACCAAGUCCGCCAAGACCAAGGCGAGGCCGCACCGCAUUCUGCGGGCACUCGAACACCCGUUUUUGACCGCGCAGCAACCAAGGAGAAGGCACUGCUCGAAGGGUGCUGCUUCCUGUGUAAUGCUCAUGGACACAUUGCAACAAACUGUACGCACAAGCUGAGCACUGCGUCGCCGACGCCGACGGCCUUUGCCUCACGACCAACACCAGGGCCGAGAAUGGUUGCAGCAAUCCGAGCGUAUGAGGACACCGGCGAUUCAACCGCCUUUGUAGGCAUCUCAAGCGAUUCAGAAGAUGAUGACGAACAAUUGUUCGCAUCACAAGCCGGAGGAGGGAAUUGA